GCACCCGCGCCCACCCGCGCCUGCCCCGCGCCUCAUGGAGGGCGCAGGGUCCCGGGGGGCCGGGCCGGCGCGGCGCCAGGGAGCCCGAGGGCCGCCGCUGCUGCUGCUUCUCUGGCUGCUGCCCGGUCUCGCGGCGCCCCAGGAGUUGAACCCGCGAGGCCGCAACGUGUGCCGCGCGCCCGGUUCCCAGGUGCUCACGUGCUGCGCCGGUUGGAGGCAGCUCGGGGAUGAGUGUGGCAUCGCUGUGUGUGAAGGCAAUUCCACGUGCUCGGAGAACGAGGUGUGCGUGAGGCCGGGCGAGUGCCGCUGCCGACACGGCUACUUCGGCGCCAACUGCGACACAAAGUGCCCGCGCCAGUUCUGGGGCCCCGACUGCAAGGAGAGGUGCAGCUGCCACCCGCACGGCCAGUGCGAGGACGUGACGGGCCAGUGCACGUGUCACGCGCGCCGCUGGGGCGCGCGCUGCGAGCAUGCGUGCCAGUGCCAGCACGGCACGUGCCACCCGCGGAGCGGCGCGUGCCGCUGCGAGCCGGGCUGGUGGGGCGCGCAGUGCGGCAGCGCGUGCUACUGCAGCGCCACGUCGCGCUGCGACCCACAGACCGGCGCCUGCCUGUGCCACGCGGGCUGGUGGGGCCGCAGCUGCAACAACCAGUGCGCCUGCAACUCGUCGCCCUGCGAGCAGCAGAGCGGCCGCUGCCAGUGCCGCGAGCGCACGUUCGGGGCCCGCUGCGACCGCUACUGCCAGUGCUUCCGCGGCCGCUGCCACCCGGUGGACGGCACGUGCGCCUGUGACCCGGGCUACCGGGGCAAGUACUGCCGCGAGCCGUGCCCCGCGGGCUUCUACGGCCUGGGCUGCCGCCGCCGGUGUGGCCAGUGCAAAGGCCAGCAGCCGUGCACCGUGGUGGAAGGCCGCUGCCUGACUUGCGAGCCCGGCUGGAACGGGACCAAGUGUGACCAACCCUGCGCCACGGGCUUCUACGGCGAGGGUUGUAGCCACCGUUGCCCACCCUGCCGCGACGGGCACGCCUGCAACCAUGUCACCGGCAAGUGUACGCGCUGCAACGCGGGCUGGAUCGGCGACCGGUGCGAGACUAAAUGCAGCAACGGCACGUACGGUGAGGACUGUGCGUUCGUGUGCUCUGACUGCGGCAGCGGCCACUGUGACUUCCAGUCCGGGCGCUGCCUCUGCAGCCCUGGUGUCCACGGACCUCACUGUAACGUCACCUGCCCGGCCGGGCUCCACGGCGUGGACUGCGCCCAGGCCUGCAGCUGUCACGAAGACUCGUGCGACCCGGUCACCGGUGCCUGCCACCUGGAGACCAAUCAGCGCAAAGGUGUGAUGGGCGCGGGCGCGCUGCUCACGCUGCUUCUGGGCCUGCUGCUGUCUCUGCUCGGCUGCUGCUGCGCCUGCCGAGGCAAGGACUCGGAGCGCCGGGAACUCAGGCUCGGAAGGAAGAAGGCCCCUCAGCGCCUCUGCGGGAGCUUCAGCCGCAUCAGCAUGAAGCUGCCCCGGAUCCCGCUUCGCAGGCAGAAGCUGCCCAAAGUCGUAGUGGCCCACCAUGACCUAGACAACACGCUCAACUGCAGUUUCCUGGAACCCCCCUCAGGGCUGGAGCAGCCCUCUCUAUCAUGGUCGUCCAGGGCUUCCUUCUCAUCCUUUGACACCACAGACGAAGGCCCUGUGUACUGUGUGCCCCAUGAGGAAGCCCCUGCUGAGAGCCGAGAGCCGGAAGCUCCUGCCGUUCUCGCGGAGGUGCCCGCCGCGUCCCCAGUGCCCACGAGCACCCGGGCGCCCACGGAGGAGGCAGCGGCCCUCCCUGCAUCCUCAGACAGCGAGCGCUCGGCGUCCAGCGUGGAGGGGCCCGGCGGGGCGCUGUACGCGCGCGUGGCCCGGCGCGAGGCCCGGCCGGCUAGGGCCCGAGGUGAGGCUGGGGGCUUGUCGCUGUCCCCGUCGCCCGAGCGCAGGAAACCGCCGCCACCCGACCCCGCUACGAAGCCCAAGGUGUCCUGGAUCCACGGCAAACACAGCGGCGCGGCCGCCGCCCCGUCGCCGCCGCCCGCGGGCCGCAAGGCCGCGCCCAGCCCUAGCGGGAGGAAACGGACCCCCAGCAACACGUCGGUGCAGCCCGCCAGCCCGGCGGAGGAGGCCCCCGCCCCGGCCGCCCCCACGCCGCCCCGGGCCCGAGCGCGCGGCCGCGGCCCUGGGCUCCCGGAGCCCACGGACGCGGGCGGCCCCCCGCGCAGCGCGCCCGAGGCGGCAUCUUUGCUGGCGGCCGAGCUUCGAGACAAGCCUCGCACCCUGGGCCGCGCCGAGGGCCCGCAGGGGGCGCGCGAGAAGCCGCCGCCGCCGCAGAAGGCCAAGCGCUCCGUGCUCCCCGCCUCGGCGGCCCGCGCGUCCGAGGCGCCCGAGAUCCCGGAGCCCGAGAAGGCGGCGGCCAGUGCGCCUGCGCCCGAGACCCCUCGGAAGAAGACCCCCAUCCAGAAACCUCCUCGGAAGAAGAGCAGGGAGGCGGCGGGGGAGCCGAGCAGGCCAGCCGGGGCGCCCGCAGCUCCGUAGGCCCGCGGCCCCCGCGGCGCUCGCCAUCGUUCCCCGCGCGCCGCAGCGACGGCCCGAGCCUGGGUGAUUGGCCCCGGCUCCAGCAGCCGCCGCCUGGUCGGAUCUGCUCUCGGGUCUGAGAAGACCCUUAGCUGGCUACUCGCUCCCACUAGCAGUGUUAGGGAGCUUUUCUAGUAAUCUGCCAAAGCUUGGGAGAGCCUGCAGACUUCUUACUGGCCAAAGGGUGUGCUUGGCUGGGCUAUCUUGUCGCUGGCUGACGCCAGCACCGCUUCUGCCUCUUGGCUGUCUCUCCUUUGCCAGGGCCUGGUGCCUAUGGCAGGCUGGAAGGUCUUUUUCUUGAAGAUGGUCAGAGGUUGCUUCCACUGACUGCGCCCCUGAGUUAUCUGAUUGACUCGAACCUGUCUGUGGAGGAGAGCUGGUCUCUGCUCCUCAGGGGGCUCAGCCCACCUUGGCUUGUCCUCUUCCCACCACCACCAGCCCCGGUCCCGGUCCCUCAGCUGUCAAGCUGGUAUUGAUGGCCUCCCAUCACCCCACAAUUGUGGGAACCCCAGGGGCGACUCUGCUGGCCUUAGAUGUAUUUAUAGGCCCCAGGCAGGGCUGUUCCCAUUCCAUCUGGGGCCUCCAGGAAGGGCUCCUAGCAGGGCCAGGCCAAAGCUUUCUUAAUAAAAUGCUUC